AUGGAGCCCUUCGUUGGCCUCAUGCAUGCCAUUUGCUCCCUGGCAGGGGUCUCCCAGGAUGCUGAACGGGAGAGCAAGUUAGCAGGACUGUUUGGCACCAUGAAACUUACGGAGCACAAUGCAGACUUCUAUGAAGAACUGUUGCUAGGUAACGCAUCACCUUCUGUGCUCAACAGGGAGUUAGAUCGCAUGAGAAACACAGACAAAGUCGAAUUGUCAGGCCUGACAGAGGAUGAGAAGCGCUACAACAUGAUGAUGGAGAGCAUCAAAGGAGAGGCUGACCAACGCGUCUCGCCCCCAUUCGCCCUCACCUCCCUAGGGGCCACUAAGGGCUCUGUGCCUACCCUGCCACCACACCCUCGGGAAAAGCAGUCAGAAAGUGGUGGAGCAGCAAAGGGAAUACAUUCCCAGCUGACACAGUUUGAGUUUGUUGCUGUCACUUACUUAUUGAUGGACAUUAUGCCAAUUCUGACAAAACUCAGUCUCUCCUUCCAGAACAAGAACAUAGACAUUGCAGUGGUGCAACCUCUAAUACAGUCCACAAUAUCACAGCUGGAAUACUUGACUGAAAAUGAUGGCCCCUACAUGACCAUGUUAAAUUCUGCAAUUACCGAGAAUCACUUGGAAAUCAAUAACCACAGAAUUUCUAUGACCAAGAACAAGGCGACACACUUCAAGUCCAUCAGAGCAGAAUUCAUCCAGCAGGUGAUAUCUCAACUGCACAGGAGGUUUCCUGAACAUGACACAUCAGUCACAAGAGCAUUGGCAAUUCUUGGCAUGAGAGGCAUUACCUUUGUAGAAAAAGACAAACUACUUGCUCAUGGCAAGGAAGAAAUUCAGAUUUUGUGUGAGAAAUAUGGUCAACAGGUGUCUCAGUGUGUACCCUAUGUUGAUGAGGCAGAGGUGAAAAUGGAGUGGCAGAUACUUAAGCACCUGGUGAUUCAGCAGAAGUAUCCCACAGACAAUAUCUACACUCUUUGGAAAAUACUCCACACCCACCACAAGAGCUUAGUUCCAAAUAUGUUUAAACUGGCUGAGUUGGCCCUCAUUGUUCCUCUACAAACAGCAGACUGUGAGAGAGGUUUUUCAACUCAAAACGACAUCAAAACCUCUGAUAGGAACUGGCUGUCGGCAGAUAGACUGAAUACAUUAAUGAUAUUAGCCAUGAGCAAGGCUAGUUUUGCUGACUUUGACUAUGAGAGGGCUGUGGGAGUAUGGAGGGGGGCAAAAGACAAGAGGGCUUUCAGUAGCAAGUGACUUUCUCAGUGUUAGGGGAGCAAGUGUAGAAAUGUUCAUUUCAAGGU